UCCCUUACAACGACUCAUUUCGCCCUGCUUGAAACCUUAUCUUUUUAGCCUGCUUUCAUUGAUUUUCUCAUUGCUUCUCUGCGUUCAAUUUAAUCUAAUCCCAUGGCAUCAACUUCUAACACCUCUGGUCCAACAGAGAAGGAGCCUGCAACCACCUGCCAAGGAAUGGCGCCGUCUUCAUCUUCUCCAGGCUUGUUUUCAUGCUGCUUAGAUUGGGUUUCUCCCAUUCUUUCACGGCGUUCAAUGGAAUCCAGUUCCAUGGCAUCUACCUCAGGUACCACUGGCUGUAUGCCACGGAAUGAGAGUAUUAUGGGUGCUUUUCAUGAAAUCGCACCAUAUUCAUCUACUUCAGAUGCAUCCUCAUCACUCAUCCAAAAGCCCUCUUUUGAUGUAUUCAUUAAUCAUCGGGGGCCAGAUGUCAAGAAAACGUUAGCCAGCAGUAUCUAUGGUAUCCUUGAUAGCAUGAAGGUCACGGCUUUUUUGGAUUCAGAGGAGUCGCAAUAUGGCGAUUUCUUGCCUACAACAAUAGAAGCAGCAAUCCGCGGUGCUACCCUUCACAUAGCAAUUUUUUCAGAGAGUUAUGCAGAAUCAGCUUGGUGUUUGGAACAGCUGUCAUUAAUGCUUAAGAGUGGCGCCAAAAUUGUUCCCAUUUUCUACCAUGUAGAGCCUUCUGAUCUCAGAUAUGUUGCUCAGGGUAAAGGAAAGUACGUUGCUGCCUUUAAUAAGCAUGAAAUGAAGUGCAGAUAUAAACCAGAAAAGCUUCGGGAAUGGAAAGAGGCACUCUCCAAGGUCUCCUUGUACAGCGGCCAAAUCAUCAAAAAUAAUGGUGACGAGAUGAGGGUGUUCAAGAAUAUUGUGAAUAUUGUACUCAAAGAAAUACAUAAUGGGCCCCUAAUUGUUGCCAAACAUCCAGUAGGUCUCAACAAAGCAGUGGAAGACUUGGAGAAUACACUCCAACUUAAGGAAGGUGAUCAAGGUGUACAAAUUGUUGGCAUUUGGGGCAUGGGUGGUUCUGGCAAGACCACGCUGGCCAAAGAAUUAUACAAUAAAAGAUCCUCAUCCAUGGAGAGGUCUUCCUUUAUUUUUGAUAUUAGAGAAGCCAAAGGUGUGCUGCAGAACAAGCAGAUUCAACUCCUAAAAGGCCUUGGUGUGAAUGAAUCAGUUGACAAUAUAGAGCAAGGUAAGACAAUUCUUGCAAGGCAUUUGAGAUCUUUUAGGGUUCUCAUUGUUAUGGAUGAUGUAGAUCACGUGGAUCAAUUGGAUGCACUCUUACCUGUAAAAGACAGUCUUGGAAGGGGUAGUCUCAUAAUUGUUACAACACGGGAAUGUGAAGUACUUACAUCUUGGGGCAUAUGCUCCAUAUAUAAAAUGAAAGCAUUAGAUCUAAUUCAUGCAGAACAACUUUUUUGUUGGUAUGCAUUCUUACAUCCCUCUCCCCUCCUUGGAUUUGAGAACCUUGUUAAAAAAUUUAUAGAGGCCUGCAAUGGAUUGCCCCUGUCUCUCAAGGUAUUUGGAGGACAGCUAUAUGGGAAGUCCAACAAACAAUAUUGGGAGUCUUUGUUUCAUAAGAUCUCAAGAAUAUUGUCUAAUGAUAUCAAAGAGAAACUCAAAGUAAGCUAUGAUGCUCUUGAUGAUGAAGAGAAAGAGGCAUUCCUUGAUACGGCAUGUUUCUUUAUUGGAAAAAAGAACAGUUUGGCAAUUGAAGUCUGGGAUGGAUGUGGGUGGAGUGGUCUAUACAGUUGGGAAAGACUUCUAAACAAGUGUUUGGUAGAGGUUGAUGAUGAUAAUCGCAUACAAAUGCAUGAUCACUUAAGAGAUUUAGGAAGGGAAAUUGCAAAUCAAUGUUCACCCUCUCGUAUUUGGUUAUCCCAGCAGAUUAUUGAUUCUGGCAAACAAAAAGAGAAAACAAAUAGUGUUCGAGGAAUUACGGUUACCCCAACUACAACAGAAGAGCAGUUGUCAUAUGAAGAACACUUAAGUGGGGGAAUUUUGUCUUUCAGACCCUCUUUAGUUGGACUAAAGCUUUUGGUGAUUGAAGGAGAUUAUUUUAAUCAACUAAUCGGUGAGGCAUCAAGAGAGCUGCUCUGGCUUCGCUGGUCCAAUAUUGGACAGAGAAAUCUUCCGACACGGCUUUCGUUGAAAAAAUUGAGGGUUUUAGAACUAUAUUAUGGACGUCAUUCCUUAGAAGAGCUUUGGGAAGCUGAGAGCGAUGCUCCCGUGGAGUUAAGAGAGUUGAUUAUUUAUUGUUGCUAUGCACUCCGAAGACUCCCAAACUCAAUAGGGUGUCUCAAUAAGUUGAAAAAGAUAGAAAUCGGACAUUGCAGCAAUAUAAAGAGUCUGCCAGAAGAAUUUUGCCAUCUGCAAUUGCUGGAGCACCUCAACUUAUCUUUUUGUGGAGAACUAUCAUCACUACCUAGCAGUUUCGGCGAUUUGAGAAAUCUGCGGUAUCUAGAUUUGUUCCGGUGCAGAGAAUUGAAGAGUUUACCGGUUUCUUUUAAGAACUUGAUGCUCCUGCAAUAUCUCGAUUUAGAGGGGUGUGUAGAGCUCAUGCUUAGGUCAGAUGAUUUCCAAAACAUUACAAAGCUGGAGUUUCUGAGCCUUUCUAGGUGCGCGGAAGUGGAGGAGCUGCCUACUGAUAUCACAAAUCAGGCAUCCUUGAGAGAGCUCCGUUUAGAUGGUGUGAGGAGGUUGAGGGAGCUACCAAUUCAAAUCGGUCAGCUAAGGAAGCUGCGAGAGAUGUGGAUAGAGACUCAGUUGAUGAUAAGUUUGCCAAAGUCUCUUUGAGAUUUGUCCUCUUUAAGAAGUUUUUCAAUUUAUAAUUGUCCCAGUCUGGUAUCUUUGCCGACCUCUCUUGGAAACUUGUCAUCCUUAACACAUAUUUCAAUUUCUGAUUGUCCCAGCCUGGAAUCUUUGCCGACCUCUCUUGGAA